GUCCUCUUUACAGCUUUAUUGGGGUAUAAUUUCAUACCGUAAAACUCACCUAUGCACAUUCGAUGCUUUUAAACCAGUUCCCAGAGUUCUGCAACCGUCACCACAAUCCAGUUCUAAAACCAUUCUCCUUAACCACAGAAAUUCCCUCAUGCCCAUCUGCCGCCGCUCCCCAGUCCUGGUCUCUUUCCAGGCCACCACUGACCUGCUUCCUGUCUCUGUACACUUGCUUUUCUGGACACUUCCUAUAGAUGAAAGGCACCUACAACAUAGUGUUCUGCAUCUGCCCUCCUCUGUGUCUGCGCUUCCCGGCACUUUGACCCCUAUCAGUGGUGCCGAGAGGGUUCCGUCCUAGGGCUGACUGCCCAGCUGGCGGCCUUUUGGGUUGUUUCGGUUUGGCUGUUAUGAACAGAGCUGCCUUGAACGUCCGUGAGUGGGAACACGAGUCCUCACAGGUUCCGGGCACUGGCAUUGUGGGGUCGUCUGGUAGACUUAAGUCUAGCUCUGAAAGAACCGCCAAACUGCUUUCCAAAGUGGCCGUGCGGAUACUCCUUCGAAGGCUGUCUCUUCAAUGGCAGGAAGGAGAGGCUGAAGGUGCAGGGCAGAGGGAGGCCGGGGUGGGGUGGGGAUGGGGGUAGGGGGUAACGGGGGCUAGCCGUACAGACGAUGGACUGGACGGGGAGGGGCCAGGCGGGGUAUGCAGGCGUAGGUUUGAAGGGGGAGAGAGUCACCGGCCGUUAGGGAGGAGCACCUGCCCGCGCGCUGCGGGGUUGAGCCGUCGGGGUACGUCCCCCGGUACCCGGGCGCUGGCCCCUGCGUCUCCGGCCUGAUACGCGCUGCGGGGUCCCAGAGCUUCCGUAGGCCAGAGAGGGCUUCCGGAGGCGGAGGGUCGCUCCCGCGUGUCGGUGGCGCCUCCCGGCCGCAGGGGGCACCCUGAGCGCCGCCGCUGACCCUCCGGAGGUUGCUAGGCUGCCAUUUGGUGCAAGGGGCUGAUUGGUGGGGUCCGGACAAGGAGAGUGUCAGGGCUCGCCGCGAUUGAGUCGUGGAGGGCGGACCCCGCGAGGCUCUCAACGCCGAUUGGUCCCCGACGCACCGGAAAUGCCUCCGCACCGGACAGAAAGGACAGCACUCAAACUCCGGGGGCAACGCUCAUUGGGCAAGAGCUAGAGGCGUGUCUCAGCCUACUCGGUGGUUGGGCGCGGGCCCAGCAGAGGCGGCACCUGAACGGUGACUGGGCGCCGGGACGCAGCUCUCGCGGGGAUUGGACGCGGGGACGCGGCGGAGGCGGCGGCGGCGCGCAAUCUGAGGAAGGCGGGUGGAGGCUGCAUGGGGCGGCGGCGGCGGCGUCGCCGGGUGGACCCGGCGGACGCGGCCCGGGCCCUGCCCGAGGCCAUCGCCGCGUUGAGUCAGACGCUGCCCGCCGGACCCAGCCCCGAGACCUUCCGCCGCGCCAAGUUCGACCGUCCGGAGGCGGCCCCCGCGUUCUGGCGGCUGCUCUUCUGCGUGCUCUCGCCGCAGCUGCCCGACGGCGCCUCGGCCUCAUUCUCCCCGGAGGCCCAGGUCCGCUCUGUGAAGUUGGCGCUGCGCACCCAGGGCUACCCUAGGCGGGCCCUGGCACAGCUCCCGGACGACGGCUCCCAGGGCGGCCGCGAGCUGCUGCUGGCCCUGGCCUGGCUCCUGGCCCGCGAGCCCCUGCCCGAGCGGCUGCUGGCCCAGAACCGCGUGCAGCUGGGCGACGAGAUGCACGUGUGCGAGUGCGAGGCCCUGGCCAGCCCUGGCCCUCCUGCCCCCAGUGUGGAAGCAGACGGCUGUGUGGACAUCCGCCACCUGCAGUGGCUGAUGGGAAAGCUGCGGUUCCGGUGGCGAAACCUGAUGGCCAGUCAGCAGGAGCAGUGCGCCCUCCUGGGCAAGAUCCACUCAUAUACCCGUGGCUGCCACAGCGACCGCAGCCUUGGCCACCUGUCUGUUACCGAAACGGAGCUGCUCAGAGACCCGGAGGGUGGCCGGCAGCUGCUGCGGAGGCUGCAGAGGGAGAACGCACGGCUGCAGGCGGCCCUCGAGUGGCGGCGCCGGGAGCUGGUCUUCUGGCAGUGGAUGAUGUCUGUCUGUCCCGUCACCACCCUUCCCAGCUCCUGGGGAGGCCCAGACUUCUCAGGGGCCUUGGCCUUCCGGAAACCUGGCCUUUGUGCCUCCCUGGCAUCCAGGCCCACCGGGGACACGGUCCUGGACGCCUGCCCCCCUGAGGCCUCACAGCCCACGUUUCUGCCCAGGAUCCCCACGCCAGCGGCUGGAGCGUUGGAGCCCCUGGUGCGGGAGCUGCAGGCCCUGCAGGGAGAGCUGCGAGAGGCGGUGGAGGCCCGGCGGGCGGCCUGGGAGGCCGGGGUUGGAGGCCGUGGGCCCGAGUGGAGCGCCGCGAGGACGGCCUUGCGGGAGGCCGUGGGGCAGGACCUGGCAGCUCUGCGGCGGGCCUGCGAGCGAGGCGGCAGCCUGGCCCAGCCCCACGGGCCCCGCCGGCUGGUGAGGACUGAGGCUGGGGCGCCCAGGGGCCCAGGCCUGCGGGCCCCUGAGGUGAUUGAGGCGCUGAGGAGCCGGGAGGCCCGCCUGGAGGUGGUGCUGCGCCGGCUCCAGGGCCAGUGUCGACAGGAGCUGGCCAGGCUGGUGGGAGCCCUGCCCGGCCUCGUCUGGAUCCUGCCACCGGGACGCUGACGCUCCCUUCUCCAGGGGGCACCCCCCCACCCCCACCCCUCAGCCUGGCUGGGCCUUGGAGGGGCAGAUUCCAGGCCGGGUAGCUGCAGGGGUGACACAGACACAGCACCGGUGGUACAGGCACGCUGGGCCCCGGGUCCCCACUUGGGGCAGUACCCAGCCCCGCGGCCUGCAGUGCUGGGGGCAGGCCCAUUGUGGUGGCCGUGGGCAUUCAGGAUCUGGAGAAGACGCGGAAAUAAAUUGUGGAGGCCUUCUUGCAGGGCUGAGGCUCCAGCUGUCCCUCCGCCACCCGUCCAGGUCUCUGUCUGGUGAGGCGGUGCUCCCCUCAGGCCCAGGGCGAGGGGUCCCUGGGCAGUGGUGGCUGAGGCUGGGCUGGUCCAGGGCUGCCCAGGUGCUGGACGGACAGGCCUGGCCUGCAGCACAGGGUGGGCGUCAGGGCCCCGGGGGGAUGCAGUGUCCUGGAUGCGCCCUUGGAGCCCUCAUCCUGGGCUCCCUUUGUGCACCCACCUGGGCCACGCCUGUGCCUGGUGUGCGUGUGGGUGUGUGUGCGUGUCUGUGUUGGGCAGGGACGCCUGAUGGGAACCUUGGGUGGGGGGGACUCUGCUCCGUUCCUGGGGGUGGUGCCCGUGGGGGGAGGGGGAGGCCACUGUGGACAGAGCGGGCUUUGUUCCCGAGACUGCUCCGGGAGCUGGGCUCCGCCCUGACAAAGAGCCAUCUGUGUCCGGAGGAUGUGCCCCCAGCCUGCCAGAGCAGGCCCCUCUCCUUCCCAGGAGGCUUGGCUUCUUGGCACCUGCCCCGUCCCCCUCCUGCCAGCGGACAUGGCCUCAGCCCGGCCUCCCUUGCCGGGCUCCCCUCUCCCCCAGGGUGCUCCACCCUGACCUGCUGCCGGCCAGCUUAGGCCCCAGGGCCCAGCCACAACGCCUUCUCAUUGGCCUUUGCUGUCCGCUUGGGGAGUGCUGGCUCACGCCCAGGGGCACCGGCUCCUCUGGGCCAUUCUGGACCUCCUUUGUCUCGGGUUGGGGCACACCUGUGGCGCCUCUGCACUGGCCUCGGGAGCGCUGACCAGACCGGGGGGCGAGCCAGCUCCCCCUUCAGGAGUGCCCCCCUGACCCUCUCCUCACAGGCUGGCCCUAGAGAGCCUCUGGCCCGAGCCCCUCCCUCCAAGGCCUGGCCCCCUUCUCCUAGCCCCUCUAUGGGCUCCCUGCUUGCUCCAGUCGGGUCCAGGGCACACGGGACUUAGGCCCGCGCCUGCGGCCCUCGCGUGUUUAAAGGCACUUCUGGACCCCCUGCUGCCGUCCUCCUGACUGCCCCACGGGGCAAGUCCACUGAAAACUCCCUGCCUUCUGUGGACUCCCUGAAGCCGGGAUGGCCACUGGCCCUCAGGAACUUAAGUUUUAGAAACUCAAAUGUAAACUCUGCGUUACGGAGCUGUCACUUCUCAGACUGAUCUGUAGAUUCAGUACAAUUCAAUCAAAACCACAAGCGUGCCUGUGUGUCUGUGGGACCUGGGCUGGUGAUUCUGAAACACGAGGUGGAACCCGCCCGAGAGGCCAAGCUGGGGGGGAGUGGAGCCGUCCGCGAUGACCCCGCAAGGCAGGAGCUUUCCAAGGCUGCAGGGAGCAGGCGUGGGCCCUGGGGUUUGGCUCCUACUGUUGCCGUGGUAAGUUAGCGCUUGUAAGUUAGUGGCUCACGGCCCUGAUCCUGCCGUUCUGUGGGGCUGAGGUCUGGUGGGCAGGCAGGAGGCCCCGGGGAGAAUCCACUGUGGACCUCGGGCCUCACACGAGCUGUCACCUCCAACACUCCCCAGCCCUGCGGCCACUGCAGUCCCCUUCUGCAUGUGACGUGACAGGUUCACAGGCCUGACCCCAGGGCUCAGACCCUGCCCACCAACCCCAGACCCACGGGACAGACGGGGUGUGGGGCAGCGUGGGCCCACGUGUGCACUGGAGCCUGGCCUGGCUGCAUGUGUGAGGACUGCACGCUGGGGCUGCAGGGUUCCCCACCGACCCACAGACACAGCCCUGCAGGAGGUGAGGAUGCCACGCUCCCCUCUGGGGUGGCUUCCUAAGACCACAGUAAGUCACUGCGUCAAGACUAGAAACUUGUUCAUUAAAAGACACUGUAAAGACAGUGGAAAGGCAAGCCUGAGCAAGCGGGAGAGUGUAUCGCAGCACCUGUAGCCCGUAAAGAACUGGUGUGGAGCAGAUAGGGCCGUCAGCCCAGGGGCAGACACUGCAGAGAAGAGGAAACAGGAAAUCAGGUAAGUCAAGAUGUUUGCCUUCGCUGUAGCCAGGGACGUGCAGGUGCCCCGUGUGGCCGCAGGUGGGCGGGGCACCGGGAAGGGGGUGGGGCUGGAUUCGAACUACCCCCCGGGAAGCACACGGGCACGUCUUGUGAGAGGCCCCCCCCACCCCGGAAUCGCGGGGGCAGGAGCGGAUGUGGGAGGUCUCUGCCGUCCGCCAAGGGGAGUGGGUGAGGGAGUGACGGGGACGGCCGGCUGGCCACACUGCAGCGGCCUCCUGGGAUCCGGAGUCAAAAACUCUCAGAGUCUUCUAGAAAACACAGGCAUGUCGCAGAAGACGACACACAGGGAGAUCUUAAAAAAGCAAAACAGCCAUGACUGGGGUAGGGAAGGGAUUCUCAUCUGUGGGUAAGCUUGGGACAGCGGGGCUGCCUCGCGGGGCUUUGUGGUUGUGGGUUUAUUAACGGUUCCCACUCGCCCCCAGGGCACCUGUCCUUUGGGUGUGUCAACCGUGAGGUCAGAAAUCGAGGAGCCAGUCCAGGUGCCUUCCCGCGGCCAGACCGCUCUGCCUCCUGUGCUCGGGCUCUUGUUCUGUCACCUCCACCUUCACGGUCCUUUUGGUGCCCUACCCCACUACCCACCUGCCGGCCUCCCUCUCCCUUGUCCUUGUCUGCAUUGGUCGACCUUGGCUUGACCUUGGCUUGGGGGGCGUGGCUGGCUGGUCAGGACUGAGGCCCCCCGGGCCCACCUGCAGCCUGAGGGGUAUUCCCCGGGGCCUGCUGAAGUUCAGGUUUGGGUGGGCAGGAGUGGCAUUUAGGAGACAAUCCCUGUUGGCGGGGCACCGUUGACGACCUUGGUCCAUAGGCCCCGGCACCCGUGUCCUUGCCUGUGGGUGUGGCUGGUGGCCAUGAAGUCGUGCCUCUGGAGCUCCGGGGCCCCCAACUGGGUCCUGGGUGCUGAGAGCAGCUGGGCGCCGGCCUCUCUGUCCUUCUUGGCCGAGCUGGGCUGUUCCUCCUCUCAUCCAUCAGCCAGGAUUCCCGAGGUGCCCAACGUGUGCCAGCCCCGGGGCUGGGGGCAGGGUCUGGGGGAGAGCAAACACCAUAAACGAAUAUGCAUCAGGGGGCGAUGGCCCUGGCCGUGCGGGGUCGGGGCGCGAGGUGACAGAGGGUGGUGGUCAGAGGAGGCCUGCCCAGACGGUAAAGGAGGGGAGGAGAGGGUGCUGAGUGUCCCACCCAGGAGG